UCAAUUCGUUGAUACUUGCUGUGCGGUGGAGCACGGCGGUCAACAAACAAUCGCACAGCCCCAAAUAUAUGCGAGGCGAGUGUGGCUUGCCCUCUCUCUCCACACAACCCGUCUACUUUACGAGACGAGAUCUUUCAUUUGCAUCAUCGGUGAGACCAUAAUAGACUGCCAGAACACGCUUUCGGUGGUAUGGGUAGUGUACAUGAAAGCCCGUCAUAAGUGUUACUUUAUUGGGCUAGGAAACAAUAGGUGAAUAGUCACUUCCGCUCACCGAAAUGACUCGAUUCGGCACCUACAGUAUCAAGGCAGUGAGGCAGCUGAACUGUUUUGCUUGCCUAGCUUUGGCUUACCUCUACUGUACUUGAUGUAUAUAUAUAAAGUCCCUUCCUUCUCUUCCCUUCCCAUUUUCUUCCAUCGUGCACUGGAGAACCCCACUCUCUGCACAACCACCAUGAAUUCUUGUGAUACCAAGAUAUAAUAUCAAGCACCCGCAAAUCGCGCGAGGUCUGAUGAAAAGGAUGAAUGAAUGGGAAAGACCCGAAACAACAAUGACGGAGGCCCUCGCGGAUCACCUCACUUCAUUCUCAGUCCGGCCUUCUAGCUCCAAUGAGCCAUUCCUCGAUCCGGGCCAAAUCAACCCCCAAACCGCCAUCUUAGAAGCCUUCUUUCCGGGGUUUUCUCUCAUCUCCUCCGCACUCCUCAAAUAUGCCAAAAUCGACCUCUCGCUCUACCUCCCCAUGCUCUUCGUCCUGGGACUCAUCAUUUUCGUGACAAGAUAUUGUUCCGACUGGGCCUGGGAUUUCGUGGAAACGCAUGCCAUGUCUAGUGCAGAUAUCCGCGUAGAUGAUGAGAUUUACAAUAUGUUGAUGGCGUGGGUUGCCAAUCAGCAGUUCGCCAAAAGAACGCGUCGUUUUGUGGCGAACACGAAUCUUAAUACGCGAGCGUGGUUACUAAGUGCUUGGACUCAGGACCAGGAGGAUGAUGAGGUGGAAGAGGAAGAGGAAAGUGUGGGGUUUGAUGCAGAUGGGAACCCGGUUGGUAAGAUUGGGGGGAGUAAGGGGAAAGAAGUGAGGUUCACGCCGAGUUUUGGGACGCAUUACUUUUGGUAUAAGAAGCAUCUCUUACUUUUUAGAAGAGCCAAGGAGGAACGUCAAAAUGGGUACGGAUCUGUAAGUUAAAUGCGUGUUCUUCUUUUUUAGUUUUUGUCCUGACUACCCUACUUUGAUUUGGUAACCGGAUUACCUGGAUGGGCUAAUACUUUCGCGAAAUAGGUCAGUGAGCGAGAGGAAAUCUCCAUCUGCUGUUUUGGCAGGAACCCAGAGAUUCUUAAGACACUCUUGGAAGAGUGCCGCACGGAAUUCAAGAAAGGUGAUGAAACUCGAACGGUUAUCUAUCGUGGAGGAUCAAAGUCUUCACUAGCAGAAACCUCUUGGACCAGAUGUAUUUCCCGAGCCUCCCGACCAUUUUCGACCGUCGUUCUCGAUGAGACUGUCAAGCAGAAUCUUUUGGAUGACAUGAGAGAUUACCUUCAUCCAUACACUCGGAGGUGGUAGUAAGUAGCAUUCCACAUCCCAACAAAAUCCAUGGCAUCGUUCUAAUAUUUCUCAGCUCUAACCGAGGUAUUCCAUAUCGUCGUGGCUAUCUAUUAUAUGGCCCUCCAGGUACCGGGAAAAGCUCUCUUAGUUUUGCAAUCGCCGGUUAUUUCAAGCUCAAGAUCUACAUCGUCAGUCUCAACUCGCCCUCCAUGGACGAAGAAACCCUGGGAACGCUCUUUUCUCAACUCCCCAAGCAAUGCGUAGUCCUCCUCGAGGACAUCGACACAGCAGGCCUGACACAUACCCGAGGGGACGCCGCAAAGGAUGACACGUCUGAUAAACCAGAAAGCCCAACAUCUGCAAAUGUCGAGAAACAAAAUACUGAAAGGCCUGGGAGGAUCUCGCUCUCGGCACUUCUUAACAUCUUGGAUGGUGUAGCGAGUCAGGAAGGGAGAGUAUUGAUUAUGACAACGAAUCACAUUGAGAAGCUAGAUUCUGCUCUCAUUCGCCCAGGCCGAGUCGAUAUGACCGUCAAAUUCGACCUAGCAACCACCUUCAUGCUCGCCACAAUCUUCCGAUCUAUCUUCGCCAUCCUGGAAGGUGACAUUCCUCCUUCCGCCCGAGAGACGGCCUUCCCCCGUAUCCGCUCCCCUAAACCCUCUUCGGGCACAAAAACAAAAACAAAAACAGAGAAAGACAUCUUAGAUGAGAGAAUUCGUCAAGAAGAAGAAGCAAGAUUAGAAAAAGAAUUCGCCGAGAAGAAGACGAAAGAAGAGGAAAAAGUCGAAGAGUUGAGUAGACAGUUCGCAGAUGCCAUUCCCAGUAUGGUAUUCAGUCCCGCUGAGAUCCAAGGGUAUCUCUUGAAGUAUAAGAGGGAGCCAGAGAAAGCAGUUCAGGGAGCCAAAGAUUGGGUCAAGGAGACUAUGACGGAGAAGCGGAAACAGGCUGAGAAGGACAGGCAGGAUGAAGAGGCUCGGUUGAAGAAGGAAAGGGAAGAUGAAGAGGCUCGGUUGAAGAAGGAAAAGGAAGCUGAAGAAAAAGAGGCGAAGGAGAAAGUGGAAAAAGAGGUCGAGGAAAAAUUAGAGGCGGAAAAAAAACUUGUGGAGAAAAAAGCUUUGGUUAAUGGUAUCAAGGAUAAUGAAUAGAUGCAUGAGUGGUCUGUAGAUGAGGGCCCGAUGAAUUAUAUGAAUACCUAAAGAUGAUUAGAUACCCACAUAUCCUCCUUUCAAUUAUAACUAACGAAUGCUGAUUGAG